AUGGCGACCCUCUCCGGCGCAGAGCGCAUCCGCGCAAUCACAGAUGAGGACGGCAUGUUCAAGGCCUUUGAUACGUACCCUUGGAAAAGAGACAAGAUGUUCACGUCCGGCCUCUACGCGAUCCUUGGCGAUCCAAACACGGAAAACCCGCAAGGCACGCCCACCGACCUCGCGAUCCACGCCCGGAUAUUCUACUACGCCCAGCGCAUCGGCGUAACCAUUGAUUUCGCAAAGUACAAGGACUGGCUCGCGAAGCACCCGGACCAUACACCCCCCGACGUCCUGCCCGAAGAAUACAAGACCAACAACACAUCGAGCACAAAGGGUGCCUCCUCCUCCUCCUCCUCCACCACCACCACCACAGCUCCGGCAGCCAGCAGCGCAGCAGAACCAUCAACAGACGACGUCCCAACACUAACAUCAAAGCUCGACAACCUCAACACCAGCGAGGCCACCCCCGCAAACCCAGCAACAACAGACUCAUCAACAACCCCCGCAGACGAGGCAACGCCCUCAUGGCAAGCAGCAGCCCCCAAAGCAGACCUCUACGUCGAACGCAAAGCACAGCCGCAGGAGGGUGCCCCAGGCCAAGGAGGCGAUGAACCAGCGUACCCAAUGGGUUUCGCGCAGAUGCUGGAGAUGAUUCAAAAGGGGAUUCCCAUCCCCGGCAUCAGACAGAUCCCAGAUACUGUCGUUAGAGACGCAUCUGUGAAACCGUUUGGGAAACGUGCGGUGCCCAAAAAGCCGUGGGAAAAGGAUGUCGCAACUACAGAGGCGGUGGAGCAGCCAUCUGUAGUCGACUCCGAAUUCCCGCCGUUAGAUGACGCUGUAUCACCUGGAGCAGAGGCAGAGCCUGUAAGCAAAGAAACGUAA